CCUUUCUGAUGAGAUGCACAUUAAAUAUCGCAUGCAAUUUAUCGUCCAGCAUGUCUGCACACGAAUGAAACCAAGAAGUCCAGAUUUGUUUGUGUUCAAAUGUUCCAAUCUACCAUGCUGGUGCAAAAGCUAAGCGGAAUCACUUUAUUGCUGUUGCUGUGUCAACAUGCAUGUUUCCUCUCUGCAAGUGGCAAUGCAAAACGAUCAGUGACCUGUGAAGGAGACUCUGCAUCCCUCAGCUGUGGCUCUAGAUUCAUAAAUGUCCUUCGUGCCAACUAUGGACGGACUGAUGGCAGAACUUGCUCUGCUGGGAAACCUCCUGGGCAGUUCUCAAAUGUUCACUGCUCCUCAGAAACAUCCCUCCAAACGAUGGCCACACAGUGUAAUGGAAAAAAAAGCUGUUCUGUUCAAGCAGUGAACUCCGUUUUCAAUGAUCCCUGUUUUGGGACCUAUAAAUACCUGGAAGUAUCUUAUGAAUGUCUCAAACCUAAGCAGCACAUAACUUGUGAAGGUUUCAGAGCUGACAUUACCUGUGGGAAAGGUGUUAUUUCCGUUUAUUAUGCCAAUUAUGGACGGCGGAAUCUUGCAACCUGUCCUCAUAAAUUCGCAACUUCAACCCACUGUAACUCUGAUCAGACUGCGCGUAUGCGUUCCAGGUGCAAUGGAAAGAAGUCUUGUCAUGUACAAGCUUCAAAUUCGGAGUUCUCUGAUCCAUGUGUAGGGAUCUAUAAGUACCUGGAAGUGACGUAUUCCUGCAUACGAGUUUUGUUCCCAUCUACCAUGCUGGUGCAAAAGCUAAGUGGAGUCACAUUGCUGCUGUUGCUGUGUCAACAUGCAUGUUUUCUCUCUGCAUGUGACGAUGCAAAACAAUCAGUGACCUGUGAAGGAGACUCUGCAUCCCUCAGCUGUGGCUCUGGAUUCAUAAUUGUCCUUUGUGCCAACUAUGGACGGACUGAUGGCGAAACUUGCUCUGCUGGGAAACCUCCUGGGCAGCUCUCAAAUGUUCACUGCUCCUCAGAAACAUCCCUCCAAACGAUGGCUACUCGGUGUAAUGGAAGAGAAAGCUGUUCUGUUCCAGCGGUGAACUCUGUUUUCAAUGAUCCCUGUUUUGGGACCUAUAAAUACCUGGACGUAGCUUAUGAGUGUCUCCAAUCUAAGCAGCACAUAACUUGCGAAGGUUUCAGAGGUGAUAUUACCUGUGAGGAGGGUGUCAUUUCUGUUCAUUAUGCCAAUUAUGGACGGCGGAAUCUUGCAACAUGCCCUCAUGAAUUGGCAACUACAGCACACUGUUACUCUAAUCGGACUGACCGUAUGCGUUCCAGGUGCAAUGGAAAGAAGUCUUGUCAUGUGCUAGCUUCAAAUUCGGAGUUCUCUGAUCCAUGUGUAGGAGUCUAUAAGUACCUGGAAGUGACGUAUUGCUGCGUAUGAGUUUAAGCAUGAUCCGCAUCAGAAGGUGAGGAAACCGCCUGGAAGAGCAGAAGCGGCACAUCCUUUUUGGCAUACUCUUUCUGUUUCUCUCGAAUCUGCUUUGAAAUGGUUUUUCAAAAAGCUUCAUUCAAAUAUAUUGCUGUUGAAAUAA